AGCUUUAAAGAUAUUUCUCCUCCAACAAUGCAAACACCAAACCAGUCUCUUGAUAUUGUUUUUUUGUUUGAUGGACUCACAAAGGACCCAAGACUUGAUGUUGUCCUCUUCAUUAUCUUCUUGGUGAUAUAUAUCUUUACAAUACUAGGGAAUGGGGGGUUAAUUGUUCUGGUCAUGAAAAGCCCAAGUCUACACACUCCCAUGUAUUUCUUUUUAAAGCAUUUAUCUUUCAUAGAUAUGUGCUACACCUCUGUCAUCAUCCCAAGAAGUCUCUCAGAUUUUCUCUCUAAUGAGAAAACCAUAACUUUAUUGGCUUGUGCUGUACAAAUGUAUUUGUAUGCUGCCUAUUUCAAUGCUGAAGUUCUUCUGCUCGCUGCUAUGGCUUAUGACCGUUAUGCCGCCAUAUGCAAACCUUUACUUUACCAUGUCCUUAUGAAAAGAAGAGUAUGCCAUGUACUGAUUUGUGCAUGCUAUUCAGUUGGCUUCUUUGAUUCUUUCAUACACACCAGGAACGUAUUCAGUCAGAGCUACUGCAACUCCCUUGUUAUAUCUAAUUUCUUCUGUGAUGUAGCCCCAGUCCUAAAAUUGUCAUGUUCAGAUACCUCUAUGACUGAACUUGUUCUUUAUGCUGUUGUAGGAAUUAAUUCAUUUGUAUGUUUGGCAACCAUUGUUACAUCAUAUGCCUACAUAUUCUCUACCAUACUGAGAAUCCAGUCUGCACAAGGAAGGCUGAAAGCAUUCACAACUUGUUCUUCUCACUUGGUCUCCGUAGGAACUUUAUUUGGAACCCUGAUGUAUAUGUACCUGCGCCCAAACUCCAGUUAUUCCAAUGAUCAGGAUAAGGUGGUGUCUGUUUUCUAUACAAUGGUAAUACCUAUGUUAAAUCCAAUCAUUUACAGCUUCAGGAACAAGGAUGUGAGGAGAGCAUUCCUGAAACUAACAUUUUAA